AUGUCUUUCGUCCUUCUCUCUGUCCUCUGGCUCAUUGUACAAACUGAAGCAACAGCCAUAAGGAAAGUACCUGAAUUUGAAGGCUAUGAGAUAGUUCGUCCUAAAAAACUGCACAUUUUGCACAAAAGAGAGAUACAGAACAAUCAGACAGAGAUACAUGGUAAAGAGGAAAAAUAUGAACCUGAACUUCAGUAUCAGAUUACGUUAAAUGGAGAAGUUGUUCUCUACCUACAAAAAACCAAGCAUCUGCUGGGGCCAGACUACACUGAAACUUACUACUCACCCAGAGGAGAGGAAAUCACCACAAGCCCUCAGAACAUGGAACACUGCUACUAUACAGGACACAUCCUGAAUGAUAAGAAUUCUGUUGCCAGCAUUAGUACUUGUAAUGGGUUGAGGGGAUUCUUCACACAUCGUGAUCAAAAAUAUAUGAUCAAGCCUCUGAAAAGCACAGACCAAGAAGAGCAUGCUGUCCUGACAUAUAACCAGGAGGAGACAGAUCCGGCUAACCACACCUGUGGGGUAAAAAAUGUUGGCAGAAAACAAGGCCGUGUUCGGACCGCCAGGUCACUCAGUAGCUCAGAGGAAGAAUACUUUCUUCAGGCUGAGAAAUACAUUGAUCUCUUCUUGGUGCUGGAUCAUGCAUUUUAUAACCUGUAUAAGGGAAAUCUAACUUCCAUAAGAAGCUUUGUGUUUGGUGUGAUGAACCUACUCAAUGUGAUUUAUAACACCAUAGAUGUUCAAGUGGCCUUGGUAGGCAUGGAAAUCUGGUCUGAUGGUGAUAAGAUUAAGGUGGCACCCAACGCAGGCAUCACCUUUGACAACUUUCUGAAUUGGCAUCGUUCUAACUUGGGGAAAAUGAAGCCCCAUGACCAUGCUCAGUUACUCAGUGGAAUUGGCUUCAACAAUCGACGUGUCGGGCUGGCAGCUGGCAGCUCCAUGUGUUCCCCAACUUCGGUUGCUAUUAUUGAGGCUAAGAAAAAGAAUAACGUGGCUCUUGUCGGAGUGAUGUCACAUGAGUUGGGUCAUGCCCUUGGUAUGCCUGAUGUUCCAUAUAACACUAAGUGUCCGUCUGGGAGUUGUGUAAUGAGUCAAUAUCUGAGUUCAAAAUUCCCAAAGGGUUUCAGUCCAUCCUGCCGCUCACAUUUUGAAAGAUACAUUUUAUCUAAAAAACCAAAGUGCCUGCUGCAAGCACCAAUUCCUAAAAACAUAAUAACAAGACCAGUGUGUGGGAACCAGCUUCUGGAAGAAGGGGAAGAAUGUGACUGUGGCUCUCUUCAGGAAUGCACCGAUCCUUCCUGUGAGGCCGUGACCUGCACGCUGAAACCUGCCGCUGAUGCUGAUAAUGAAGAAGAGACUCUGAUUGAAUGA